AUGACCGCUAGACCGCCUCCCGCUCGUCCCCAUAUUGGUAUCAACCCGCAUACCAGCUUCUCGGGCUCAGGUAACGCUUCGACAGAAUGGGGAGAAGAUGAUGCUUGGGACAGUGGAUCAGACUCGGAAUCGCCUCGACAUUCCUCCCUCGCUUACUCGUACAAUCGCAUUCAAGCGACACCCGCGAAGCCCGUACCGCGCCCACCACUUGAUCAGUCAUCUUCGGCGCUUGCGUUCUCCUUCACCCACAUAAGUGCACCGAAUCCAAGUUCCUAUCCGCCGCGCAACGGAAUACCUGAGGAAAGGAGUGCGUCGUCUGGUGCAUGGACGAUAGUGAGGACUUCGCAUGAGCGGAAGGGAAGCAAAUUAGACAUAGACGAGGCGGACAUGAAGAGAUCAGUUGAGGAUGCUAGUCAGCGUGACGGGCAAGGCGAUGGGGACAUAGAGGGUGACAUGAUUUUGGGCGAUCUCGAGGCUGAUUCGGUACCGGACCUUGCUGCUGUCGAGGUGCACCACAAGUCCAGGACGGACAAGGGCACCAUUCGCUCUGAUUCUGAGCAAGUUUACAAAGAUCCAUUGCAUGGCAUUCGACAUCGAUCUUCACGAAAACCAAAGCCAUCACCUCCACCACCGCAACAUAAAAAACAGGAUUCUAAUGGCUCUGCAGAACGAUCGGAGAAGCUUAUGCGUGAACGCUCUAUUCGUACGAACAGGCGGCAUAAAUUCGUUGACUGCCUGACCAGCCGGGAUGUUAACGUCGUUGAACUGCGCAAACUUGCUUGGGCAGGAAUACCCGAGGACCUUCGCCCAGUCGCGUGGCAGCUAUUACUGGGAUACCUCCCAUUGCCCACACCGACGCGUCAGGCUACGCUGGAGCGGAAGCGAGAGGAGUAUAAGUCUCUUGUGGAGCUGGCGUUUGCGAGGGAUCGCGAAGGGCUCGACCAGCAGAUAUGGCAUCAAAUAGAAAUCGACGUGCCACGAACGCGUCCGGGUGUCAGACUAUGGAUGCACGCAGCCACUCAACGGAGUCUUGAACGGAUUCUCUACGUUUGGGCUAUUCGCCAUCCAGCAAGCGGGUAUGUGCAAGGCAUCAACGACCUAGUCACUCCCUUCUUCCAGGUAUUUCUCUCGGCAUACAUAGACUCUGAUCCCGAAGAAUUCGACCCAUCCCUACUUCCUCCGUAUAUCCUUGAGGCGAUAGAAGCCGACUCUUUCUGGUGUCUUUCCCGCUUGCUCGAUGGAAUACAAGACAACUACAUAUUCGCCCAACCUGGCAUUCAAAGAAGCGUCCGGCGGAUGGCAGAGCUUGUUGCCAGGAUAGACGCACCCCUCGCAGCACACUUAGAAUCCCAGAAUGUUGAAUUUAUGCAAUUCGCGUUUCGGUGGAUGAACUGCCUACUUAUGCGAGAAAUCAGCGUGCAAAACACUAUUCGAAUGUGGGAUACAUACUUGGCUGAGGGCCCAGACGCCUUCUCCCAGUUCCAUCUCUAUGUUUGCUCUGCGUUCCUAGUGAAAUGGAGCGAAAAGCUACGGCAAAUGGACUUCCAGGGCAUCAUCAUGUUCCUGCAGUCUCUACCAACCCAAGAUUGGGGAGACCACGAGAUCGAAAUGCUCCUCAGCGAAGCGUUCGUUCUCAACUCGAUAUGGCAGAACGCCCAAAGUCAUUUCAAUGGCAAAUGA